CCUCAGGAUAUUUUUAGCGCUGAUGAUGUGCCCUGUCAAAUCGCGUAACGGAAACAACCUCAGAGCUGCAGGACCAGAAGCUGCCGCGCAGAGAAACCCGCUCGGCCCCGUUGGAUCUUGCAGGAGAGAAACCUGCCGCAGGAGGAGAAGAUGAGAUUUGGAAUUCAGUUGGUGUUUUGCGUCUCGGCGCUUCUUACCGGCGCGUCGCAGACAAGAGGUCAGAGCCGUGAUCUUCCUCCUGUCUUCAGCCCUCCCAGCCUCCUGAGUCACACUGGAGCUUCAGCGUCUCCUGACCUGGCAGAGGAUCCUGGAAAUGAGGCCCCAAAGCCGACACACAAUCCUGUAGGCAGCGAUGAAACCUCAUAUGAAACCUCAGCCAUCACCCAGACAGAGGGCUCAGUCCGUCCAGAGACUGUGACAAAUGCAAUGCUUAAAACCCACAUGUUCACCUCGACCCCUGCAGCUCCGACAUCUCAACACACAGCCGAACCCUUUGUGCCGACUCCUCGCCUCACUACUGCUUCUCCUUCAGCUGCUGCAGACAUCCUUUCAUCCACGCCGACGGCACUGAGCACCGCCUCUCUGCAGGACACCUCGACCGCAGAGGGCAGGACACCCCUGACCAGCGAGUCCGUCACCACCUUCUCAUCUCCGCCAGCCCACAUGGGGAAGGAUGCGAGCUCCACGGCUCCCACCUCCAUCACACAGCCUCCGUCUGAGUCCCUGACCGCAGUUAACCCUCAGACCUCAGCUCCUGGUCGAGGUCCUGCUGGGCCAACGCACCAGGAGAUCCCAUCUGAGCUGAAUGUGGGAGAUGAAGGCCUCAAGAGGCCUCACUAUCGCUCAAGCUCCCCUCUGGACCCCCUGCUGGCUGGUCUGCUGUCGGUGUUUAUCGUCACCACCGCUGUCGUCUUCGUCGCCCUCUUCCUCAAGUUUCGCCAGCGGACAAACCACCCGGAGUUCCAUAGACUGCAGGAUCUACCGAUGGAUGAUCUGAUGGAGGACACACCACUCUCCAGGUACUCCUACUGAUGGAAGCUCCUAUCCUCUGCAUCCCUUCCAGCACUCAGAACAGAAGCAAACCGAACACCAAAUGAAGACCAUUUUGGAUGUAAGCAGAACCUUCGCCUUGAAGCAGCUGCUUCUCUUCUGAUGGGUUUCCUCUUGUCACUGAGUGUUUAGGAUCUUGAUCUUGCUUCUUGAAAUGGGAAUCUUUCAAAUGGGAGGUUUCAGAGUCACUUCAACUUUCUUCCACAUUCCCUUUAAAAUUCUGGAGACCUUCAGUCUGGUGGGAACUUUUCUUUCUUUCCUGAGGCCGAUUAAUUGCACCUCUGCACUCCUGACUGACUCCUCAAGUACGCACAGCACUUUAAUGUGGCACAAAUGGUCACACCGCCCCCUAGGGGACAUCUAAGGUAAUGUGGAUCAAGGUUGCAUGAAGUCCUCCAUAGCAUUAUUACUGUUACGAUAAAUGUUAAGACAACCUCAGGGUAUCGAGCAAGAAAUUAGACAUUUGGAGACAUAGAAUGAAUAAGGAUAUGAAGUGCUUUGAGACACAUGAGCAAGUUGCCCAAAUGUCUGUUCCUGGACCCACAUAUCGCCUCUGAAUUGACAUAAAAGUAACAAAGUGCUAAAAAACAGCCCACAAUAGCACUCAUAACUGCAUUAUACGCCACAGCUGGGGAUGGGUCCAACAUAUUCUAGAUUCUCUCAAGCCAUAUGACAUCUCCAGUCAUUUUAAAGAAACCCUCUCAAGUCAGCAGAACAAUGCCUCCACCAUAGAUGCAAAAAACACAUAUUUUCAGGACGAUUGCGCUCACCCAAGACGUGUAUGUUUAUAUCAGGUUGUUAUGUGAAAAUGGGUUUUCCCAAAAGGAGUCACAUCAGUGAAAGCAAUCAGAAAUACGGAAAUAUCUUUAAAAUAAGUCAGGAUGUAGAGCGACUCCUGACAAUGCCACAAAUCAGCAAAAACGCAGCAAGCUAAAACACCAUCUCUGCAUAAAACACCGAAACUGAAAUUUUUUUGUACAGAAAAAUCAUUAUACAUUAAACAAACAACUCAGUUGCAAGACCAGAGAUCCAUGUCCUCAUUCAUUCUCAAAGGUGUGAGUCUUUAACUCAGUUAUCUUUUACAUUUGGAUUGUUGUGACUGAUGUGAGUCCUCUUGAAAAUGUUUGCAUUAAUACUAGAUUUAAACAUGCACAUGUCUCUUAGUGGCCUUAAUUUUCCUACAUCAUAUAAUGUUGUAUUUCUGUGUAGUUUAUAUGCUUUUCAGGGGGACCCUUUAAAGAGCUUGUAUCAUAGAUUUGGGCUACGUAUUGUAAUAUGUCUAUACGCUGCUGACUUGAAGGAGUGUCUUCAACAGGAUUUUAUCUGUUUUCAGUGUGCGAGACAAAUCUCCAACAUAACUGUGGUCUACGAUGGAAUUAUGAGCAAUAUUCUAGCCUCUAUUUAAGCACUAUGGCAGUUUAUAAUUAAUGUUUGUUGAGAAAUAUCCUUUUGAGCAAAAAAUCAUUGCAGUUGAUAUUAUGUGUGUGGGAACUGGCUGUGGUGUGUGUGUUUCCUUCGCCUCAAAGUUACCAACAUGCCUAAAACAAUUUCGGAAUAUCAAUUACGAUGAGGUGUCCAAAUAUUAACAAAGUGCACUUUCAAACCAAAUUGCCAGGUUGCAUGUGUUGUCUUAAAGCAGAGUUCUUUCAGAAAGUCUACACAUAAAAAUCAAGCCACAUGGCAUUGAAUUGUUCGAAUUUAUUUAACCUAAAUUACUUGUGGAAGUGUUUGCAGCCUUUAACAUGUAGUUAUAUGUGGCUAUGAAGUAUAAGUAGUAAGUCUGAUGCAGGUAAAGAAAUACUGAAUUUAGCUAUUCUGGUUUUGAUAAUUAAUGCUUAUGCCACUAACAGCCACAGAGAGGAGACCUCGCUACACUAAAUAAACACUUCAAUAUGGGCAAAUUGUAAAGAUUAAACACACUAUUGUUUAAAUUGCUGUAAAAUUCAUAUAUAUAAAGAAUGUUUAACAUAAAGACAGUGAGAAAGCUGCAUCGGGGGAGUUUGUUACCCGUGUCUUUAUUAGGUGGAGUAUCAUGCAGAUGUGCUGGAACUAAGCUGUUGUGUCAAAAGUUUGAACCUCGUGUUACUUUGCUGUCAAGUGGCAACGGUGAUGUAUGAUAAUAUGCCUUCGAAUUGUAAGAAUUUAUUGACUUAAAGAUUUCCUGUUUGAUAAUAAAAUAGAAAUCACUAGAGGGUGUGUCUGUUUAAAAACAACAGAAAAUUAAAAUCUGUGGGCGAGCUCUUGA